AUGUCUACUGAGAACGCUCAAGCUUCUAUCCAAUCCCGUGGUGAACAAAAGGCCCGUAAGGCCAUUCUUUCUCUUGGUUUGAAGCCUGUUAACGGUAUCAACCGUGUUACCUUCACCCGUGGUCGCGGUUUGGUCUAUGCUAUUAACAACCCUGAAGUCUUCAAGUCUGUUAACUCUGAUACUCACAUUGUUUUCGGUGAACUUCAUGUUGAAGAUUUGGCUGCUCGUGCUCAACAAGCUGCUAUGGAACAACAACUCGCUGCUGAUGCCGAAAAGGGUGCUGAAGAAGCUGAAGCUGCUCCCGCUGCCGUUGAAGAAGAAGAGGAAGAAGUUGAUGCUACUGGUGUUGAGGAAAAGGAUAUUGAAUUGGUUGUUAGCCAAGCUAAUGUUUCUCGUGCUAAGGCUAUCAAGGCUCUUAAGAACAACGAAAACGAUGUUGUUAACGCCAUUAUGGAACUCACCAUGUAA